AUGCUCGCCGCCCGCCUCGUCGCAUGCGCCCAACACUACGAUGGCUUGCUGCUGCUGCUGCUGCUGCUGCUGCUGCUGCUGCUGCUGCUGCUGCCGCUGCUGCUGGUGCUGCUGUGGACGCAAGCCUUCUGCAUCGCUCAAGUACUGCUGCUGCUGCUGCUGCUGCUUGCCAUCCUGCUGGGUGGCUGGACGCUCGUAUUCCUGCAGAUCCUGCUGCUCUGGUGA